AUGGAGGAAGGCUGCUUUGCAGCAGCGCCACCAGCUGUGGCUACUCUGGAUGGCCCAGCAGCAGCAGCUGCAGCAGCAGCAGCAGCAGCAGCAACAGCAGUAGGAGCGGUGGCUCCAGCAGCAGCAGCAACAGCAGCAGCAGCAACAACAACAACAGCAGCAGCAUUAGAAAGUGUGGGUUUUGUCGCUCUCUGUGCUGCUCUUCCUCGCCUGCGGCUCUUCGGUUCACGGGCGCAUGCAGCAGCCAGGGCAGCAGCAGCAGCACGCGCAGCAGCAGCAGCAGCAAGAGCAGCAAAAGCUGCAGCAGCAGCAGCAGCAUUUGCUGCUGGCUUUUGGCUGCCGCAGCAAAGCGUCCUUUGCCUAUUCUAUUACAGCGGCCGCUGCUGGACGAGACUGGGCACUCAGUUUUGCCUGCGCCCACCUAGCAGCAGCAGCAGCAGCAGCAGCAGCAGCGGCGACUGCAGCAGCUGCAACGGUGGGAGCCUGAAGGGCAGCAGUAGCAGCAGCAGCAGUGCUGAGGAGGCACAAGAGCUCCAAACAGAAGGGGACCCAGCAGCAGGAGCUGCAGCAACUCCAUCGGGAAAAGCUACUGCAGCAGCAGCAGCAGCAGAAGCAGCUCCAGCUGCAGAUUCUGCUGCUGCUGCUGCUGCAGCUGGCAUUAACGUGUUGCUGCUGAACCCGUGGGAAAUACCUGCUGCAAUAGAGGCGUGUUCGCUGCUGCUGUUUGAUCUGGGCACUGGCCGCACUCUAAACCCGCUGCUGCUGCUGCAGCAGCUGCAGCAGCAGCAGCAGCAGCAGGAGCAGGAGCAGCAGCAGCAGAGGGGGUGUAGGCAUCCCUGUGAGUCUCCCUGCAGCGCCGUGCCCCUCCGCCGCAGCCUUGGGGUGUAUGUACACCUCAAGAAGUUGGGCUGCCGGGUGCGGUCUGCUGCUGCUGCUGUUGCUGCUGCUGCUGUUGCUGCAGUUCCGGUUGCUGCCAGCUUUCUGCGGAGCCUCGAGACAGAAGAAGCAGUAGCUGCUGCUGCUGCUGCAGUGCUGCCGAGGCAGCCCGGCGCAGCUGCUGCAGCAGCUGCUGCUGGAGCUGCUGCAGCGGCGCCUGCAGGAUUAGCAGCAACUGCUGCUGCAGACAGCUGCAACUGCUGCUGCUGCGCUGCUGUCAAGAGGCUCCCCUGGGUGGUGGUGCAGCAGCACCAAACACAGCCUUGCUUGCUGCAGCCAAGCAGCAGCAGCAGCAGUAGCAGCGGCAGCAGCAGCAACAGCAACAGCGAAGACGAGAGCUGGGUACCUCCUAAGAAGUACCGCCGACCUGCAGCAGCAGCAGCAGUAGCAGCAAGCGAAACGUCAGCAGCAGCAACGAAGGCGUCAACAGCAGCAGCAGGCGAAACGCCAGCUGCAGCACAAGCAGCAGCAGCAAGCGAAACGUCAGCAGCAGCACAAACAGCAGCAGCAAGCGAAACGUCAGCAGCAGCAGCAACAGCAGCAGCCAACGGAGAGUCAGCAGCAGCAGCAGCAGCAGCAGCAGAGACACCAAAAGAGCCGCCUGGCCCCACACUUGGAGAGCCCCUGCUUUUGCUGCCGCUAAGUAAAGACAAAGCAGCAGCAGCAGCAACAGCAGCAGCAGCAACAGCAAAAGCAGCAGCAGCAGAGUUGCUGCUUGCUGUAGAGUGUUCCGGCGGCUGCCAUUUGCUGCACUGCACCGGCGCUUUCACUCUUGACUCCAAACCCUAA